CUGAAUCUCUGCAAAACUGAGAUUCAGAGUUUUAAGUACAAAAGCUCAAAAGGAUAUAACUUUUCUUCUUUUUUGUUAGUAGAAAACAAAAAGUAGAAUAUUUGUCACUAUAAAGAAGGAUUCUUUGUUUGUUUCUUGACACAAAUUAAUCUCGAUUUUCCAUUUGCUUACUUUUAUUUUCCCCUUCCAGGAAUAUAAUUUUGAUUGGUGAGGAAACAAACAAAAAUGGAAGGAGAUGUGAGUUCGGGAUUUGGAGACAGACACAAGAAUGUAGAUGGGGGGAAAGUGCUGCAGAGUUUUCAGAAGAGCUUUGUGAAUGUUCAAGACAUUUUGGAUCAGAAUCGGCUUUUGAUCAACGAGAUCAAUCAGAACCAUGAGUCCAAUCAACCUCACAACUUGAGUCGAAACGUUGGUCUGAUCAAAGAGCUCAACAACAAUAUCAGAAGAGUGGCUAGUCUUUACGGUGAUGUCUCUCAUUCUUUUGCGAGAUCAGUGGGUGGUUCAUCAGAAGGUGAAUCUAGUGGAGCCCUUGGGAUGGCUAACCAGAAGAGGUUAAGAUCUUAAGCUGAUCAUCGUAGAUUUCAUAUAUUCAAAGAAUACUCAGAGCUAAUUGAUUGUGGAGAAAAAAAAAAGAAACAGAGUGUUUCUACUGUGUAAUAUCACAGUUUGAACUUUUGAAUGAUAGUUUUUUUACUACAUAUGUUUCACUAAGAUGAUUUUCAGAUUAUCUUAAUUGUGUCUUUUUUUGGUUUACAUUGAAAACUUAUAGUUCUUCAACCAAAUUGAAGAAACUUGCUGUUAAUUUUACACAUUUCAGCUUAUGAUUGUUCUUUUAUCCCUUUGCUCUCUUCAUGUGUAUAGCCUGUGAAUUUGUAGUAAUGGAUCGUUUC